AUGUAUUACCGGCCUGCUAUGCUUCUGGGCAUCAAGACUCUGAGAAAGUAUCAGGUCGGUAACGUGUUGAAGGCGUGCGACUUCUGGAAGGAGGCCCUCAACGGCCGCUUCUUCUACUUCAAGUUCGCCGACAGCAAGAAACUGGCUAGCUUUGAGAUACCGCUGCGCAUGGCGCACAUUCAUCUGUACACGGAGAACAUGGAGGAGGAGUACGCCGACGAGAUACGUCAGAUGAAGAUCGCUCUGGCCAAGGUCACCCUCAUCGUCCUUCCGUUCCUUCGCCGCCAGUUUUGGUUCGUCGCCCACGUCCAGAAGCUCUGGGAGACACUGGCAUUCCCGUGGCGCUCGGAGAUGGAAGACCUCUACCACGACGGACUCCUGCCCGACUUCCCCACGUGUUUCGACGAGAACCUGCAGUGGGUCGAGGAGAAGAUCGACAGCGAUCGGUACCCGGUCCCGGACGGCAACCCGAGCUCGUCCGGUAUGCCCUAUUCGCAGGCUUCGAUCAACGAGAUGACGCGCCGCUUGACCAUGGCCGGAUACGACUCUGGCUACCACCUGUAG